GAGAGAUGAGCUGAAUACUCUGCUAGCUUAGCUCCCAAUGUCUAAGUUGUUACUGGAACAUAUAUUCACCACAAUGCCGAAGUUAGAGGACGGGAACAGACCGGACUUAAGGUCCAGUUGUUGAAUGCGUUAACUGGUACCUUUCACCAUUCAGGCAACUGUUAAAACAGGAUGCCAGAGAUGACUGAAACUCAGACACCUGGUCGAAAACCCAAAAAGAAGAAAAACAAAGAAUCUCAUAAUGCAGUUGAGAGACACAGAAAGGAGAAAAUUAAUGCGGGGAUUAAUCGCAUUGGGAAUCUUCUGCCGUGUUCUCAGGCACUUAAACAGAGUAAGAACAUGAUAUUGGACCAAGCUUUUCGCUACAUUACUGAGCUGAAGAAACAAAAUGAUACACUGCUUCUGGACGGUGGUGAUAAAGUCCAAGCUGAAGAGAUCCGGAGACUGCGGCAUCAGUUGGAUGAACUGAGAAAGGAGAGCGCUCACUACAUUGAGCUUCUCAAAGCUCAUGAUAUUAGCCUUUUAGAAGACCCAACUAUUCACUGGAAGGGAAAGCACCGCUGUGCCAAAGUGGCAAAAGUGACUCCUACCCAUCAGCUCCCAAAGAGAAUUGUUGUUUAUUCCAAUGGCAAUGUGAUCGGCCCUGCAGGGAAACAGGCAAGCCUGGGAAAGAAGUCCUCUGAAGCAAUUCAGCCAUCAUCUGAUGCCAGAUUGCAAAUUAAUGCAAUAGAAGAAGUCAGUACUUCUACCACCCCUGCACUGCUCCCAGGCUCAACCACAACACCCUCUCAGUCAAAAUCAAAUCUGAGGAUGUUGGAGCAGUGUGUGGUUGAAACACCUGCUGUAGGCCCUUCUUUGGCGCCUUCUGUGUCUUACAUAACUCUCCAGAUCCCUGCAGCCACUACAUCCCUGCUCCAGCAGGUGCAGCCUGAUCCCCCGCCUCAGAGCAUUCCCUUAGUAGCUAAUUCAGCCUCGCCACAUACCACCGAAAGCACGGCGCAGUCUGUGUCCACACGCACUACAUCUACCCAGACCAUAACCUCUGCAUCAUCGGGAGGUUCCUCUUUGGGGACACAGGACACUGCCAUCAGAACUGUAAGCUAUACUGCAGUUCCUGCCAAUCAAACUGUUCUUAGAGCUGGAGCUGCAGGCAGCACACAGACAACCUGGACAACAUUGCAGAUGGCAGGAAACACAGUCCAACCAGUUUGCCAGAGUUUGUCCGCGCCAGAGGUCAGCAGUACCACCCAAGCGGUCCAACAGGUUACAGUAUGUCCUAUGGGCAGUAGACCCUCUGUUAAUCCUGUUCAAAUCCAGCUGCAACCACAUUUGCCUCUACAGCAGGCACCUAUCACAACUCAUAUUCCAACCAAUUCAUUCAAAAGUACCCCUCAGCUACAAGCUGCUGUUCUAAACCGGACACAGCCUCAAUGUGCGGUUGUACCCCAAUCAGCCAUAGUACCGCAGCCAGCUGUGAUUGCUCAGCCCCAGCCUGCAGUUCUGCAGCCAGCGUCGUUGGUUCCUCAUCCUCCAACAGCCCUCAUUCCACAGCCUCAGCAAACCCUGGUUCCUCAGCAUCAAGCUGCUGUGCUACCCCUGCUGCAGACUAUGCAGGUGCUGCAGGUCAACCCAGCUGGUUCUACCACUGCAGCACCUGGGGUAACUGCACCUCAGAGCACGAACAAUCCAAGUGUUGUCAUCCUGCAGCAGGCCAGUGCCUGCCCCACCCAGCAGGUUGUGAGAGAGGACAUUUCGAAUCAAACACCUUGUCAACAUAUAGUGAUCAUCCAAGCCCCCAGUCAGGCUGUGCCUGCUCCUCAGAGCUCCCAGCUGAGCAUUGGUCCUCCCUCGCUCCCUGCUGUUUCCACUCAAACACCGACCACAACCAGUUCAGUGACUGUCCCUCCUUUACAAAGUGUUGGGGGAAAGCAGCUCGUGCAUAUCCUGCCUCGUCCCACCCAGCCUGAGGUAAGCCAUCCUCUGCAGGUCAGCCAGGGAUGCUCCUCUUCACCAGUCUCCACAGCCCCACAAACAAUCACUGUGAAUGGCCAGGUGUUUGCUCUGAAGCCAGUAAAAACUUCUGACAAAGGCAGCUCCCAGAUCGGUCAGAGCACCCUCCAACUGGUACAGCCCACCACCACUGAGGAACCCACUACUAAUGUGGCCCUCAACACUUUAGGUGCCCUUAGCAGUCUGAACCAGAGCAUAUCUCAAGGCCUCCCUCGGUCUUGCCAGAGCAGUUGCCUUCUUACCCCGACACCUGUCACCUCAUCACCCACUGGACCUGUACCUGGAUCUUCACCUGCUCUACCUGCUCAGCAGCUACAGGUUCCUUCGGGGAUAGCUUCCAGCACCUCUAAGCCUUCAGGAAAAAAGCCCCACAUGGUUGUAAACACAAAGAGAGUGGUAGCUAAAAGGACGAAAUGUCCCUCAAAGAAAGAGCUAAGGACUGCACAACUAAUUCCUCUCAAAAAAUCUGCUACUGCUAAAGACAGCCAGGCAGUUGAAGAUAAAGCAUCUCAAGUUUUACAGUCCUCAGCAAACGUUCACCCAAUGGACACCACAAUUUCAGAGUCCCGAGAUGCAGUAUGCUCUGUAGCAUCAGGUCAGAACACACAGCAAAUGAUUGUGUGCAGUUCAUCCAGCAACUCUGUUGUAUUUUGUCCGAUGCAGGAUAAAAGCUCUGUCUGUGCAUCUCAGAGUAACUCAGCUGCACCAAAGGUCGUCUGUGAAACAGCUAUCAAGCCAUCAAGUGGCUCAACUUUAGCAAUCAAGACUAAAAUUACUCCAGUUUCUAACAGCAGCUCUGCUGUAACCAAACCUUUGGUGUCACAGGUUAAACAGGUAACUGUUACUACUACAACUACCAUAAUGCAAAGCUUACCAGUUGCUGCUUCUUCUGUUGCUAAACAAAAUAAACCCACUGCAGUCACCUCUGCAGUUUCCAAUGACCCUCAUGUAUCUUCUGCUUCUGAUUCUAGUUUGUGUUUGCCCCCAAUCUGUAUUCAGACCACUGCAUCAGUGGCUCAGAAUACCAACACAGUGCAACCUACUGUUCCCCAGAAAUCAAAGGUCCAAGAUCAACCAUCUUCUUCUCAGCCCAUCACUUCAUCCUCUUCUCAGUCCACCUCUUUAUCCUCUGCACCCAACACACCUCUCACCUCAUCACCCACUGAUUUGGCUCCAGACACUUCUAUCACAGUUUCCACAUCAACUACAGAAAUUAAGAAAAAGGCUAGUACUUCAAGAGCUCCUUCACAACAAAAUGAUGUGAACAUUCCCCCGCCUUCCUUGUGUCGUCCUGCAGAAGUCAAACCAACUCAGACAACAAGGAUUGAUAGGGAUGCCUUGGAGGAGAGGCCUUCCACAGCAGCAAGAAAAGAUGGAUUGGUUGGGGUGAUGUCUGAAGUUCCCUUAAAGAAAGGCUUUGCAGUGUCUCAACAAGUUUACACAAACCUGGACGACCAGGCAAUGGAGCAGAAUAUGACAUCCAACAGGCAGACUGAUUCUCCAAUGACCACAGGGGGAGCUGGUGGUCGAGGAUUCUCUGUUGCAUCAAUGCUUCCUCCAGGUCAUAGCAUUGGUGUGUCUUCCAGCUCCUUUGGAUCAUUUGCGUUUACAUCCGAACAAGCGGAGAUGUUCGCGUUGGCAAUGCUAGAACAUGACAGCCCAGAGAGAAGAAGUGGAGGAUGCUCAGGGGACAACACUGCUUCAGCUACAUGGGACUCCCCCAAAACCCCACCUGUAUCUUCCAGCAGAGAGAGAGGCUCAGCUGGGCAGCAAGGCAAGAUAACCAAACUAAUGGACCAAGGUGCGGCUAAACACCAUGAUGUGUCUGUGAGUGGGCCAAACAGACAUCUGCAAAGUAUUGCUUGCUCAAAAUCUCAACCUCUCCCUCCAGGACAGUCUCAGAGUUCAACUCAAGGUGGGACAGCCACUAGCCUUAGUGUUAACAAUCUGAUAAGAUCCAGCUCCAGUCACCAACCCUAUCCCAGUUCCCCCAGUAUGACGGCCCAGCAGGGGUCAACUCCCUCUCCAGCUGGGACAUCUACUCAUAUGUCCCAACCCUCAAGCAACGCCAUCUCAACCUGUUCAGGCACUGCCCAAGUAGUAGAGUAUGCUGCCUUGAAAAAUAAUGCUUUAAGAGGCCCACCUGGAAGUGUGUUAGGUGAGCGACAUGGGAAGAUCAUUUCCAAAAGACAAGCCCCAGAAGAAGCAAUGCUAAAUGCAGGAAAACGACCAAAGCCUUGCCCUCCUCCGGGUAACGCAGUGGGCCACAUGGAUGUGAAAGCACCAGACCACAGUCAGAUGAUGUUGGGACAGCUGCCGUCCACCUCUGCAGCUGUCAUGACUAGGAUUAAUUCAGAAAAUGCAGGCCCUCUUUUCUCAUCAAACUCCUUCAUGAGCCCAGUAGUGCGCCCCAUUGAUGGUCACUGCCCCAUUCAAGGUCCUCCUGAGCAGAACCAGGCAGGUGGCCUUCAUCUGCCACAGGGUCACCCGCAGCAUUCUGUUAGCCAACCCAGUCAGCAUUUGGGAGGGAACCUUUACAUGAAACAGCAGCAACAAGAGCAGCAGAGACACCAUUUAUAUCACCUGCAACACCACCUGACUCAAUCUGACCCUGCACAGCGCCACUCACUACACCAGAGGGCGCUGCAGGAGCAGCAGCAGCAACAACAACAGCAGCAGCAGCAGCAGCAGCAGCAGCAACAGCAGCAGCAGCAGCAGCAGCAGCAGCAACAACAGCAGCAGCAGCAGCAGCAACAACAGCAGCAGCAGCAUGUCCAGAAGAAGCGGGGAAUUGUCAGAGGGAAUCAAACUGGCUCACCUGCUGGCUUGCAACAGAAGCAGCAACAUCAUCUGGAAAAGUCUGGAAUUCAUCAGCAUUCCCAUCAGCAGCAGCAGCAGUCACAGCACCCACAGCAGUCCCACCAACAGUCUCAACAGCAUCAACAACCAACACAGCACCAAGCCUCUCAUCCACAACACCAACAACAGCAGCAGGCACACCAGCAGCCUCCCCAGACUCAGCAUCAACAGCAGCUGCAGCAGCAGCAGCAGAACUCUCAUCCCAGACAUCCUCAGCAUUUACAGCAACAGAUUCAACAGCAGCACUUUAGGCAUCAGGACAAGACAUGCGAGGCCCAGUCAGUGGGGUCCAGGGCCCAUCACAACAGCCAUCUGGCUCAGCAGGACCACCUCAAGUCUGGUCAGGACCAUAAUGCUAUGCAGAGGAUGAUGAGCGCUAGAAGCUUGGAGCAGCAGCUCAUCUCUCCUCCCACCAACACGGUGUCUCGUUCGUCUGAGCUGGCCUGUGCUCCGUCUCGACAGGAGAGACACCGAGUGUCGAACUACUCUGCAGAGGCGCUCAUCGGUAAAAGCUCCACUAGCGGGGAUCAGCAACAACGCAUGGCUCUCCAUCUUCAGCCCGGUCGUGGUGCCACCCAAGAGCAACCAGACCUCCGCAGCUACCUGGAUACAUCGCGAGGGAAGGCUGGCAUUGUUCACAACCCUCAGAACCGUCUUUCAUCUGACCAUUCUACAUCUGCUGACCAACGCAUAUCUGAGUGUCAGUCCUUCAAGGCGAUGGCUGGUGGAGGGGGAACGCAUCAGCUCAGCAGUUUUGAAGCUCAGGGCUCUCGUGGGAGUGACAUGGCUCCCAAGUCGGUACCCCCCUCUCAGCGGGGCCCUCAGGGACAGCAGCAGGGAGGAUUCAGGAUGAGCGUUGGCCCCACUGCAGACGUAAGAAAUCGUGGCAGCUACAGUGGACCCCAUCCCGGCCCUCAGGGAGUCCAAGUUGGCCCUGCGCUGCCUCGGGAACAGGAAGGCUGUCACCAGAGUUUCAUGCAAAGCCUCCUUUCUCCCCACCUUCCUGAGCAGAGCAACCAUCAGCGAGCAGUUCAGUGUUGCCCCCCAGUGACCAUGGAGUACAACUGCAUGCCUGGAAGUUCAUCAGGAGACAUCCAGGCCAAGGCCUCCAGUCCGAGCGUGCCUCAAUCCCAGAAGGCCCCAGCUAUGCGACUCACAGAGGCCAACAAGGGCCACAUUUCUCAGGUCAGCAGUAAUAUGCAUGUAGGGCCCGGCAUCCGAGCAGGUCUGCCCCACCCUCCGACCCCCCACAGCAGCUCUGAACCCGGCCGAUCCUCUGCCAUCCCCAGACCACCUGUUGCUGUCAGCCAGCAUUCCCGACAUAUACCCAGAGACGCUCAUCCCGUCAAACUGAGACAUCGAUCGGGAGCGCAAAGACCCACCAACCCUUUUGAGGCCGAGGGCCAUCUACCUUUGCCCUCAGGAGGAGGGGUCCUGCUGGGCCGGCCUCAGUCUGGGGGAGAGAACCGCCGGACCACCAUUGUGCGCUUGAUGGCAGACAGCGCACAGGUUCCCAGUGACAACAAUCUUGUUGCUGACCAACACCUGGCUCAGAACUUUGGGUUCCCCUUUAUUUCAGAGGGAGGGAUGAACCCUCCUCCUCCGAUUAAUGCAAACUCUACAUUUAUCCCUCCAGUGAGCCAACCCAGCACCUCCCGCACACCGUCCCUCCUCCCUGUGGAGCCUCAGAACACUUUACCCUCCUUUUACCCCUCUUACUCUCCAGCUGCCCAUCCCAGCCUCCCCGGUGAUGUUGCCCUCCAGUACUUUCCCAACCAAAUGUUUACAAGCCCGAGCGCCGACAAGGCCAGCGCUCCUCCUCUCAACAACAGAUUCAGCUCAAUCCUCUCCCCUACGCGACCAGUGGGGUUUGGUCAGGCCAGUUUCCCUUUGCUUCCAGAUAUGCCUCCUAUGCCAUCUUCUGGAAUCACCCCUCACAUCUCCAACUUCAGCCUCACCUCGUUGUUCCCUGAAAUCGCCACCGGCAUGCCCUCUGAUGGCUCAUCCAUGCAGAUGUCCCCUCUGCUAUCCCUCACCAACACAUCAUCAGCUGACUCUGGCAAGCAACCCAAUCGUCCGGCCCACAACAUCAGCCACAUCCUGGGCCAUGAUGGCAGUUCAGCUGUGUGAUGAGUUUCAGUGUGAUGCCUUUUUGGACUGUAGUUCAAGAGCAAACAAUUGCAUUUUCUGUUUGAAAUGUGUAGUUUGUUUCGAUGUUAAAGAAGUCAUAAAGCACUUGAUGUGAGGGGAUUUGUUGUUUACAUAUCCACUCAGUUUCAGUAGUUUUUUUUCCCCUUUUUUGACAUGCCUAAUGUCAGAGUAAUCACUUAAAAAUUUUAUAGUGCUUUUGAAUUUUAUGAAAAUAAGUCCUGAAUGCUCUUUUUUGAAAUGUUGGUUAAACUGGUUCUGAAGAAAAUAUAAAAGUUUAGAACUUGAAUUUUGGGUCAAAAGGAAACCUUCUGCACAGUUACUAAUUUAAUUUACUAACUUAUCAGGUUAUACUGUACAGAUUUUUCAAAGAGCUAUUUUGUAAAUACCAAUAUUUCAUAUCAAAGUUGCUAGAUUAUGUAUUUGUAAAUAUAAAAUUGCUAAAUAAAAUUUAUAAGGAUAACAUUGUCAUUUUUCUGAUUUUUUUUCCUUUUCAGAAUCCAGUUCAUUU